ACUUUGGUGAUAAAGUGUGCUGCCAGUGAUCUACGUACCAACAAAAGGACACUUAGAGACAUCCCAUACUCAGUACCGAAAAGGAGCUGUUACAGCUUGUCCAUUUACUAGAUGGUUUAUCAGAUUAAGGAUACAAUGGAACUGUCCUCGUGUGCGGUGGGCGUACGGAAACCUCGGUUGAAGAAUGGCUGCCCAUCGUUCGAUUCUUCCUCGGGGCAACCGAUCUACGGAACCGGACCGACCAGACAGCAAAAGAAGCAACAAGACGGUGUCGGCGGCGGCGGUGGUGGUUCGUCAGAGUUUUCCAGCCUUUCACGCGAAGAACGGCGCCGGAGACGCCGGGCAACGCUCAAGUAUCGGACGGCACAUGCGACACGGGAACGCAUCCGUGUCGAGGCAUUCAAUGUGGCAUUCACGGAGCUCCGGAAGCUGCUACCAACGUUGCCGCCGGACAAAAAGCUGUCCAAAAUAGAGAUACUGAAGCUGGCCAUUUGUUACAUUUCUUACUUGAAUCAUGUGCUGGACGCCUGA